UACACAGAAACAUUCCGGUUCUGGGCGCACCAGGGAGGUUGCUCCGCGCCUUCGAUCCGUGGCCGCCUUGGGUCUUGCUGGACGCGUUGCUACCUUGUCCGCUGGGGGCUAAAGACAGCACAGUCCAGUGGCUUCUCGCUCGCCUCAGCCCACAUGGAGUCGUCCUGGGGCCACGCCGAGCCCCUGUCCACCAGGUAACCCCCCGUGAGCUGCCCCCAAUCUGACCCGAAAUGGCCGGCGCGUCCGUCAAAGUGGCCGUCCGGGUGCGGCCUUUCAACGCCCGCGAAAUCAGCCGGGAUGCCAGAUGCGUGAUCCAAAUGCAGGGGAAAACCACCUGCAUCGCCAACCCCAAGCAGGCGAAGGAGGCCCCCAAGACCUUCGCCUUCGACUACUCCUACUGGUCCCACACCUCGGAGGAGGACCCUGACUUCGCCUCGCAGGGGCAGGUGUACCGCGACAUCGGCGCGGAGAUGCUGCUGCACGCCUUCGAGGGCUACAACGUCUGCAUCUUUGCCUACGGGCAGACGGGGGCCGGCAAGUCCUACACCAUGAUGGGCCGGCAGGAGCCCGGCCAGCGCGGCAUCAUCCCCCAGCUCUGUGAAGAUCUCUUUGCCCGCGUGAACACGAACAAGUCCCCGCAUCUGUCGUACUCCGUGGAGGUGAGCUACAUGGAGAUCUACUGCGAGCGGGUGCGGGACCUCCUGAACCCCAAAAGCCGCGGGAACUUGCGGGUGCGGGAGCACCCCAUCAUGGGCCCCUAUGUGGAGGACCUCUCCAAGCUGGCCGUCACCUCCUACGACGACGUGGCCGAUCUCAUGGACUGCGGCAACAAAGCCAGGACCGUCGCGGCGACCAAUAUGAACGAGACCAGCAGCCGCUCCCACGCCGUCUUCACCAUCGUCUUCACCCAGCGCCGCCACGACGAGCUCACAGACCUCGACACAGAGAAGGUGAGCAAGAUCAGCCUGGUGGACCUCGCCGGCAGCGAGCGGGCCGAUUCGUCGGGGGCCAAGGGCGUGCGGCUCAAGGAGGGCGCCAACAUCAACAAAUCGCUCACCACGCUGGGCAAGGUCAUCUCGGCGCUGGCGGAGAUGCAAAACAACAAGAAGCGGAGAUCCGAAUUCGUCCCCUACCGCGACUCGGUCCUCACCUGGCUGCUGAAGGAGAACCUGGGGGGCAAUUCCCGCACCGCCAUGAUCGCCGCCCUCAGCCCCGCUGACAUCAACUACGAGGAGACACUGAGCACCCUCCGCUAUGCCGACCGCACCAAGCAGAUCCGCUGCAACGCCAUCAUCAACGAGGACCCCAACGCCCGGCUCAUCCGCGAGCUCAAGGAGGAGGUGGCCCGGCUGCGGGACCUGCUCUCGGCACAGGGGCUCUCCGCAGCCCCCUUCCCGGGUGCCAAGCCCGGUGACCCGGGCAGCGGGUUGGCCCUCCCGGCCCUGCCCUUCACCCCCGCAGCAGAAUCCACUCUCCUGCGGGAGCCCGUGGCCCUGAAUGGGGAGCCGGAGCCCUUCCACGCUGCCCCGGAGAUGAUCUGCACAGAGGAGGCCAUGGAGCGGCUGCAGGAGACCGAGAAGAUCAUCGCGGAGCUUAACGAGACCUGGGAGGAAAAGCUGCGGAAGACGGAGGCCAUCCGGAUGGAGCGGGAAGCUCUCCUGGCUGAGAUGGGGGUGGCCCUCCGGGAGGACGGCGGCACCGUGGGGGUCUUCUCCCCCAGGAAGACACCGCACCUGGUGAACCUGAACGAGGACCCGCUGAUGUCGGAGUGCCUUCUCUACCACAUCAAGGAUGGCGUCACCCGGGUGGGCCAGCAGGAGGUGGAGAUCAAGCUGACGGGGCAGUUCAUCCGGGAGCAGCACUGCCUCUUCCGCAGCGUCACCGCGGAGUCCGGAGAAGUCGUCGUCACGCUGGAGCCAUGUGAGGGCGCCGAGACCUACGUCAACGGGAAGCAGGUGACGGAGCCCCUCGUGCUGCACUCAGGCAACCGCAUAGUGAUGGGCAAGAACCACGUCUUCCGCUUCAACCACCCGGAGCAGGCGCGGCUGGAGCGCGAGCGCAGCGCCCCCGCCGAGGGCCAGGCCGAGGCCGUCGACUGGAACUUCGCGCAGCGGGAGCUGCUGGAGAAGCAGGGCAUCGACAUCAAGCUGGAGAUGGAGAAGAGGCUGCAGGACCUGGAGACGCAGUACCGGCGGGAGAAGGAGGAGGCCGACCUGCUCCUGGAGCAGCAGAGGCUGUACGCCGACUCGGACAGCGGCGACGACUCGGACAAGCGCUCGUGCGAGGAGAGCUGGCGCCUCAUCUCGUCGCUGCGGGAGAAGCUGCCCGCCACCAAGGUGCAGAGCAUUGUGCGCCGCUGCGGGCUGCCGAGCUCAGGCAAGCGGCGGGAGCCGCUGCGCGUGUACCAGAUCCCGCAGCGCCGGCGGGUGGCCAAGGACCCGCGCUGGCUCACGCUGGCCGACCUCAAGAUGCAGGCCGUCAAGGAGAUCUGCUACGAGGUAGCCCUCAACGACUUCCGGCACUCCCGCCAGGAGAUCGAGGCCAUGAGCAUCGUCAAGAUGAAGGAGCUGUGCCGUCUCUACGGCAAGCGCGACCCCAACGAGCGCGACAGCUGGCGCGCCGUGGCCCGCGACGUCUGGGACACGGUGGGCGUGGGCGAAUCCGACGGCCCCGGGGCCGGCGGCGGCGGCGGCGGCUCCGACGGCCGGAGCAGCACUCCCGGGGCGGACGUGGAUGACCUCCGUGCCCACAUCGACAAGCUGACGGACAUCCUGCAGGAGGUGAAGAUCCAGAACAACAUGAAGGACGAGGAGAUCCGGGCCCUGCGGGACCGCGUGGUCAAGAUGGAGCGCGUCAUCCCCAUCAGCGCCCAGGAGGAUGAAGACCUGGAGAAUGAGUGGGGCUCGCUGCUCCUCGCCCCGGACGGCCUCGCCGCGGACGGGGAGGCGAAGGCGCGGGCGGGCAGCCCCGACACGCCGCGCCCCGUCGAGGCCGAGGGCGCCCUGUCCUGCUACGACCGGGUGUCGCGCCUGAUGGAGAAGGACCCCGCCUUCCGCCGGGGGCGCCUCCGCUGGCUGCGCCAGGAGCAGGCGCGCUCGCACGGCCUGCAGCAGCCGCCCCCGCUGGGCAAGGCCCUGCGCCGGGGGCAGCCACACGGCGCGCCGGGCAAGUUCAUCCCGCCCCAGGACUGCAAGCUGCGCUUCCCCUUCAAGAGCAGCGCACAGCACCGCUACUCGUGGGGGCCCACCUCGGCGUUCAUGGUGGGGGGCAGCCCCGGCGAGAAGGGGGCCGCGCCUCCGGAGGAGGCCCCUGCCGGCCCCGCCCCGGCCCGGCGGAGCAGCCCCGGCCCGCGGCACCAGCGGGCCGCGCACCCCGCCCGGCGCAACUCCCUGGAGGGGGGGCAGCCACGGGGCCGGCGCGGCCAGGCCCCGGAGCACCACCCGGCCCCCCGGCGCAACUACUACCCCCGCCAGCACCAGCCCUACCCACAGCACCGGCCCGGCAACCCCAGCGGCGACACCCCGCCGCGCAUGCGCCGGCAGAAGUCGGCCCCCGACCUGCAGCAGGAGCGUGAGAGCGCCGUGUGAUCGCGAGGCGGAGGCGGCUCCCGCCGUGAAGGCGCGCCAGCCGGAGGGCCGGUGUGGGCCGGCCGGCGACCGACCGGCAGCUUGCCGUGUGGCCUGUGGUCACGUGCGUGGAGCCAGGGACCGGACAGUCGCGGCGGAGGCCGGCGCUCACCGGGCGUGUGUCUUGCAGUGUGGCGGGGCCGGCGGGUGAAUCGGUGGCGGUGGCUUGCUGGUGGGGCAAAUCCGAAGCAGCAUUUGCAGGUUUCAGCGAAUGUGUGGGGUGUGGGUUUGGGGCGCGCAAGAAGGGAGAAGACGAGCUGGUUUUAUUCCGUUACUACUAGAAUGUGAGAAGGGAAGUGGGGAAGUGCAUGUGAAAGGAAACGAGGGUUGCGCAUGUCAGACGUCGUGAAGGUCUGGAAGAGAGCUGUCGAGAGGCGAGCCGAGUGGAAUCCGGGGCGGUGCAGGAGGCCCCUCGCUCGCCGGCUCCAGCGGGGGCCCUGGGGCCCCUGGGGGGGGAUGACUUGGAGGCAUCCAGGGCUCUGGGGAGCCCUCCUCAAGCGCCUGCAAGCCCGGGGCAAGGAGGCUGCGCUGCAGGUCAGCCGGCACGCUGCUGCUCGUGGCUGCAAGGAGCCCCCUACUGGGCCGUGGGGCGUGUUCUGUGGCGUGCCCCCUUGCCCAGAGGCUGCUGCCGCCAGGGCUGAUGGGCUGGUGGGUGCCGGCCGUUCUGCAUUCAGCCCCUUUCUGCGUAUCCUGCCUGCUUCCCCCGAGGCUCCUGUGGCCUGGAAGGGAGCCAGGCAGCUCUUGGCCGCAAAGGGGGCAGCGGAGUUGCUGUGGCAGGAUUGUGGGGCAGAAGGCCCCCUCGCCCCACUUCGGCGAGAAUAUCCGAGGGGAAGUGUGCACGAGGAAAGCGCAAGCUGCUCUUGGGGCCCCGGAGCCCCACGUGGCUGCCCCCCAGAGUCGUCAGGCGGACGGUUGUGUUUCCGCACCCUCUUGCAGCCCCACGUCGGCUGCCCGCCAUUUUCCAAAGCAUGUGUGGGGCGGGAGGAGCCCACUUCCUGCAGAAACGGGGGCUGCUCCUGCCGGAACACUCCUCCGUUCCCUGCCGAUUCUAUGGGGCAGAGCGAGGAGGCCUCUCUACCUCUGUUCUGAGGCACCACCUGCACCCCCAUCGCCCUGCCGGAGGUGUGCCGGGGCAUCCUCCCCUCCCCCCCACUGCAGCAGGUGUUCCCUGAGAAGGCCUGGCCUGCAGCGGGGGCGGGGGGGCUCCCACACCUGCGGGUCCCUCCUGCCCUCCUUCCGGGCGCCUUGCCGUGGGGGCUGGGCAGGGGGCUUCCUGAGCAACCCCAGGUGGCGCCGCAGCUGAAGGACCUCUGCCAAGCCUGCUGAACGAAUAAAGGUGCCAAUGCCAGAUGC